GAAUGAAAGAAUCCAACCUCAGAAAGCAGCGGAGUAAUUCCGGGAAAAGGCGGACUGACAUUUUGUCGCCAGCUUCGCUUCGGCUCGGCAGAGUGUCUGUUUGUUCGAUUUGUGACGUGUGAACCCAAGACUCAAGAUCAUGACGACAGAAAGAAAUAGCAAAGCCCUAAAGGUGAAGCAGGAAUGCGGCGAGAACGUGCCCUUUCUGUCGGACAGCGAGCUCAUGUCUCUGUCAGUGCGCGAUCUCAACAUGCACCUGCGAGGCCUGUCCCGCGACGAGAUCCAGAAACUCAAGCAGCGCCGCCGAACCCUCAAGAACAGGGGCUAUGCGGCCAGCUGCCGGGUCAAGCGCGUGUCCCAGCGUGAGGCGCUGGAGCAGCAGAAGCAGGAGCUGCAGAGAGAGGUGGACCGGCUCGGGGCGGAGAACGCAGGCAUGAGGAAGGAGUUAGAGGGCCUGGGGGCACGCCUGGCAGCACUGCAGAGGUUCGCCCGCGGCCUGGAGGCAGGUGGGGGCAACCUGCUAGCCACUGCGCCGCGACUCAACACUGCCUCCGUCAUCACCAUCGUCAAGAGCCCCAACCAACAGCAGCAGCAGACGCACAGGGAGCACGAGCCAUCCUAGGACCGCCUCAGGGAGAGAGGGGGAGGAGGGGAGGGAGACAACCUACAAUGCAAACUCAGACAUCCUGUUCAGAGAUGAUGUGAUCUAUAGACUGUAGUGGGAUCUGGAGGCUACAAGAACUGCAUGCACAUUUUGGACACCUACCAGCACUAGAAUACUAUUUGGUUACAAAGCCGGUGUUGGCAUUACCACCAAAAAUGGGUCAUUGUUCUUGUUUUUUAAACUCGCAACUAACAAAAAAUUGUGUUUAUUCAGUUAUACAGUAGAAGACAUUAGUAUUAUUUACAGUUUGUCCCUAACUGGAUUUAAUAUGGUCAGUGUUUCUCAAAUUGUGGUGCGUGUUCGGCCUCUGGUGAUACAGAGUUCUGCAGUUUUGAGUAUUUGCUUGAUUUUUAGAGACAAAUUUAUUCAAGUUUUUGUUCCCUUUGGGUAAAUUAUCACCUAGAAAACCUCUUAGGUCUGAUAUAGUCCGGGUUUAGAUCGUGGUGAUACUCGGAGAAACAAAUCUUGUCUUAGGUGGUACUUUGUCUGAAAAGUUUGAGAACCACCGGUCUAGCUCUCAAAAUGUGCAUGCAGAAUUUGUAGAAAGCAGACAUGGAUGUGUUGGAAAUCGCAUUAGGACAAAAGCUUGCAUUACACGUAUCUUCAAUGUGGAACUAUUCUAACUACAAAUACAGACGAUAAAGAUGCAUUACUUUGUCCAAUGCAAUCUCCAAUGCUAAACACAAUUGGACAGAACAGAAUUUAGUUUCAAUUUUGUCGACUCUUCAGUUUUUGUGACUGAACUUAGCGAUAUAUGUCGGACUAGAGACUACACGCAAUGCACUUCAACUGGUUCAUGACAAACGCCUGCAAAAAAAACAACUAAGUUACUGUCCGUGUUCACUGUGAUGUCACCGGGCCACAGCAUCCUCACGGCUUCUCACAGCGCUGCGUUCAAGUUCCUCAGACAUUUUAUUAUGCCGUGCCUUCAGUCUACGUCAGUGUAUGCAAACGUAAGGGGGAGCCGGUUCUCACGGACUCCCCCCUGAACACAUCCUUCCAUUUUGUUUUGUUUUAUUGCGAGUCGGCUCCUCACGCGAUGUGCAGUAACCUCGCGGCUGCUUGUUGGUUUUUUCUAUGAUAAUGUUCGUGCGUGUUAUAAUGGUGGACUUCCAAAUGCAGAUGUUGGUUGUUUUAGCUCAAUGGGUGUGCAUCUGGUAGGAAUCGCCACAGUAGAUGCAAGUGUAUGGAAGACAAUUUGUUUAAUCGGGUUUUGAAUUUUAAAUGCUGCUAAAUUUCUCAAAUAUUUCUAACGUGUUUGAUUAUUUUCAUUCUGAAUUUCAUUUGCUGAAUUUUUACCUUUUUUCAAGCCCUUGUUUUUUCAAAAUUCAGAGGGUAAAUUUUGCAGUGAAUAAAUUCGGAGCAACGAUCCACGCUGCCAAGGCAUAACCAAUUGAUUGUGCGUGACUGAGGCCAGAGGCAGACUGUUUCCUACUGGCCUUUUCUCUUCUCUUCUCACAAUCUGGAGAGCUUGUAGUUAAGGAAGAGAUGAGGGUUUUGAUUAGGCUAAUUUUGUUCAAUCAGAUCGGUUCCCUACAGUAUUUCCUGGUUGUUACUAAGCGGGAUUGACUCAGGAUUUCUUGCUUAUGCCUUAACGUCUUGGAUCUUUGCUGCAAAUUUGACAGUUUACAUUUUGACUGUUGAAUUUGAGGGCUUGAAAAUAAGCGCUGAAUAUGUAAAAGGUUAUUUUUUGAAAUUUAAACGUGUUGAAAUGAAUGAAUAUAUACUUAAAAUUUCACCAACUGAAAUUCAGAAUAAAAACAACUCGAGUAAAAAAAAGAUUCAAAGCGAGAAAUUAAACAGCAUUUAAUAUUGAAAAUCUAAUGAAACACAUUAUCUUCCAUACAAGUCCUCUACAUACAUUCCUGUUUUUUGCUCUUAUUUGUACUGUUUGUAUGUGCCGUUAAGAGACGAAAAUGUUCGGUGACAUUUAUCAGAGAUAUAUUCUAUAUUUUAUUUGUAUUUAAAGGUAGAUAUUGAGAAGACAAGCUAAUGAGUGCUGUGACGUUUCCUAUGUUCCAAAAGUACUUACCUAUAUGACUAGUCUGGGGGUAUCUCCUCUGUCUAAUUAAUUAUUGUAUUGUGAGACGAUGAUUACAAAUGUUAAUUAUUAGCUAAAACAAAGUAGGAAUAUAUGCUCAAAGCCAAUGGCCAUAAUGCUGUAAUAUGACUCGUGUGUUUGUAAACGGCUUGUUGUAGUGGAUCCUUGGAGGGACAUUAUUUUUCUAUGCUGAUUUGUAUGUUAAACGUCUGAAUUGUCAGGGGAGGACGGAGAGUGAGAGAGGAGGGAGAUGAAGAGACUAAAGAAAGUGCGGCAGAGACUUGCGCGUCAGGGUUUUGUUUUGAGGGAGACGGGAAGUAGAAGUUGGAUGUAGAAAGAAGGGGGGGGCGGAGCUUUAUUCACUUGAACCUCCAGCGGUCGUAGGCCUGUUUAUAGACGAACAGCCUUAAAUUGGUGGAGUCUAGGCCACUGACAAUGCUAGCAAUACAAUAUGAUGUGUGUGUAUAAGCAGGCAUUGUGACAGAACUCCUAUAGAUAUGAUGAGGCAUAUAUUUAGCUAUAUGAAUAUAUGUGUGUCCAAGCAUUUAUCCUCAAUAUUGUAUGUCUGUCUGAUUGUGCUGGAUGUUUUGUAAUACUUGCAAAACAAAAUGGUCUUUGUAUUUAUUACUUGUAUUUUUUCUAUUGUGAAAAUUUAAGUACAUUGUCUAUUUUAUAUAUUAAUUAUAAUAAAUGUUGUACAUAUUGUACAUACAACGGUG